GAUCAAUUACAUAAUGAAGAAAUCUAGGGUUAAGGGUUUUGCAUUCAGCAAGUGGUAAGCUCUCUCUCUGUUUCUCGCGCCCCCUCUGCCGUCUCAGCUUCAAAAGCUUACCCAAGAAAGAGCUCUCAAUCAUGGCGGAGCAGACUGAGAAAGCGUUUCUGAAACAACCCAAAGUAUUUCUGAGUUCGAAGAAAUCUGGAAAGGGAAAGAGGCCUGGAAAGGGCGGUAACCGCUUCUGGAAAAGCAUUGGAUUGGGUUUUAAGACUCCUAGAGAAGCCAUUGAAGGAACUUAUAUUGAUAAGAAAUGUCCCUUCACUGGAACGGUGUCUGUCAGGGGUCGUAUCUUAGCUGGAACUUGCCACAGUGCCAAGAUGAUAAGAACAAUUAUUGUUCGCCGGAAUUACCUUCACUUUAUCAAGAAAUACCAAAGAUAUGAGAAGAGACAUUCAAAUAUUCCAGCACACAUAUCUCCAUGCUUCCGUGUGAAAGAAGGAGAUCAUGUUAUCAUUGGGCAAUGCAGGCCUUUGUCUAAAACUGUGAGAUUCAAUGUGCUUAAGGUUAUUCCAGCUGGAUCUUCUGGUGGUGGGAAGAAGGCCUUCACUGGCAUGUGAACUUUGAAACCCAAAAUGUUUUUUAGGAUGUUCAUGUGAGAGAAGACUUCGAAAGUCUUAAACAGCAUCUAGGCAUUGCAUGGAUUGUUAGAUGCUCUUUUUUUUGUCUCCCUUUCAGAUUAUUGCUUAAAUGAUGGAUUGUUGAAGAUACCCUUGUAUUUUUAGUUUUAUAUUUUUUUUUGGUUUAGUGCAAAAUUUUUUUUGCUUCAUGCAGUGUGUUUGGUAAUCAUUGGAUCAUGGAUGAACUUACAUGGUUAAUAGAGGCUUUAUUCUAUUUUCUUGUAUGGUA